AUGCCACCGGAACGUUCAAAUGUCCCGGUGAAGCUGUCCUUGCCCUUGCAAUACCAGCAGGACAUCUUCACCGAACUGCGGAAGGAGGAUGAGCUGGUCAUUCUUGCCCGUGGCCUCGGGCUGUUGCGUCUCGUAACGAACCUACUCCACUUCUACGAUGCUGCUGGGAACAAUCUAGUGCUGGUAGUUGGCGCUGGUGAUAGGGAAAAUGAGUGGAUCGGGGAGGCUCUGGCGGAACACUAUGCGAUUAGCAAGACCCCUCUUGCUAGGGGUCUAAAAGUGAUCAACACUGAAAGAGCCUCCGUUUCCAUGCGAGAAAAAAUCUAUGCGGGGGGCGGUAUUCUGAGUGUGACAUCCAGAAUACUGGUUGUAGAUCUCUUAUCCAAGCUUCUCGACCCAGAAAAGAUCACCGGGAUGGUUGUACUUCAUGCCGACAAGGUCGUGGCAACUUCGACGGAGGCCUUCAUCGUCAGGAUUUUUCGGCAACUCAACAAGCAGGGCUUUCUCAGGGCCUUUUCGGACUCUCCAGAGCCUUUCACGACGGGAUUCGCGCCGCUAGCUAAUUCUAUGCGCAAUCUUUUCCUUCGAAAGGCUUCUCUAUGGCCGCGUUUCCAUGUCACAGUCGCAGAGUCCCUCGAGGGACACAGGAAAGCCGAAGUAAUUGAGCUGGAAGUUCCCAUGAGCGAUAAGAUGCGCGAAAUCCAAAAUGCCGUUCUUGAAUGUGUAGAAAUCUGUAUUGGGGAAUUGAAAAAGGCAAACACUGGACUUGACAUGGAAGAUUGGACGCUAGACAGUGCCCUGCACAAGAGCUUUGACAUUGCGAUUAGGCGUCAACUCGACCCUAUAUGGCAUCGCGUGAGCUUUCGGACUAGACAAAUUGUCAGUGAUUUGUCUGACCUUCGGGCAAUUCUCCAUGCUUUGCUUACAUACGAUGCUGUCUCAUUCAUGAAGUAUCUCGAUACCAUCAUAACAGCACAUUCACCACCACCUGGGUCAUCAAAACACAGCUAUUCGCCGUGGCUUUUUCUCGAUGCAGCUCAUGUUCUGUUCCAGACUGCAAAGUCUAGAGUUUACCAAGGGAAAAUAAGCAACGACGUUGGCUUGUCGUCAACUUCGUUUCUUACCACACUGCAGCCUGUCCUGGAAGAGCAACCAAAAUGGGAAGUUAUGGCGGAAGUCCUAGAAGAGAUAGAAAACGAUGCAUACAUCAACCCGGUGAAUGUGGACGAAUCGGAGAGCACUGUACUGAUAAUGUGUUCCGAUCAACGAACCUGCCGACAGCUUCGAGAGUACUUGGGUACGAUGCAUGCGAAUGUGGAAACGACAAACUUGGGGGAUGAGCAUACUACCGACGACGCUGGAGGAAAGAAAGGCUCUGCAAGUGUAAUGAUGCGCAGAAGACUACGAGAGUACCUUGACUGGAAGAGUUCCUUAUUGAACGUUAACAAGAAUUUAUCUUCACGACUAGCUAAUGAUGACUCACAAGCUGGCAAAUCUCAAAAUUCGUCUGGAUCUUCAAACCAGCAUCAAGGAAGAGUCCCUCCAAAUAAACGGCGUCGUGUACGGGGUGGAGGGAAAGCCUCAUCGGCUGCAGUGCGUGCACCGAAUACCAGCGUACAAACCGACGUUGAACCGCCGAUUCAAGUGUCAGUCCUACUAGACGAACUCCAGCCUACGGAGGUUGAGGAGACUCAGAAGGAGGAAGUCAUCAUUGAUGACCUCGAGGACAUGGAAGAUUUCUAUGAACUGUACGAUAUGAAUGACCUCACUGUGAUACAUCCUUACGACGGCGACAUGGAUGAACAUGUGCUGGAGGAAAUUCGACCUCGGUACAUCAUUAUGUACGAGCCCGACUCGGCCUUUAUCCGACGAGUAGAGGUUUACCGCAGCUCUCAUGUGGGGAGGAAUGUGCGAGUAUACUUUAUGUACUACGGAGGGUCGGUUGAGGAACAGCGAUAUCUGAGUGCGGUCAGACGUGAGAAGGACUCGUUCGCGAAGCUGAUCAAGGAGAAAAGCAGCAUGGCAGUCACCAUCACUCAUGAUAGGAACCUUGACGACCCCCAAGAGCAAUUCCUUCGAACCGUCAACACUCGUAUUGCUGGAGGGGGACGGCUUGCUGCAACAGCAUCUCCAUCACGAGUCGUAGUUGAUGUGCGAGAGUUCAGAAGUGCCCUCCCAUCUUUGCUACAUGGCAACAACAUGAUUAUCGUUCCGUGUCAGUUGACAGUAGGUGACUAUAUCCUGACCCCAGACAUAUGCGUUGAACGCAAAUCUAUUCGCGACUUAAUUACGUCCCUCCGAAACGGCCGUCUCUACAACCAAGCAGAGACAAUGCUUCAACACUACAAAAACCCCCUACUCCUUAUCGAAUUCGAUCAGAACAAAUCAUUCACAUUCGAUGCAUUCGCAUCCGCAACUACCCCUGGUACUUCCUUCUUAUCUGACUUUGGCUUUUCCUCCUCCGGCACUGCAACCACCUCUUUGGCUACGAGUAGCUCCUUAGUGAAUCCAUCCAGUCCGAAAUCCGCACAGCAUCUCCUUGUUCUCCUCACCAUUGCAUUCCCUCGCUUGAAAGUCAUCUGGUCGUCGUCCCCCUAUCAGACCGCUGAGAUCUUCACCGAACUCAAAAAGAACAAUCCCGAGCCCGAUCCAAUUAGGGCCGUACAAAUCGGAUUGGAUAUGGACAUAGGAGCAGCAUCUUCUGGUUCGGGCGAUAUCAUGGCUGCAGCCGGUAUAGAGCAUCGUACUUUCAAUCUUCUCCCUCAGGAUAUGCUCCGUGCCGUUCCGGGCGUAUCACCACAGGUCCUGGAGCGGCUCCUUCUCGAAACAGGGAAUAUCACGGAGAUUGCGAAUAUGGAUGUUGAACAGCUGGACCCACUCGUGGGGAUAGAGACGGCACGGAAAAUUGUUGGGUUCUUUCGAAAGAGUGUAUUUGAUGAGAAAUAG